CGCUGGUUUUCUUGUGCAUGUCAGCUACUGAGCCGUGGGCGAGGUUUACGGCUAGCAAAGGCGCGUAUUGGGCUCCGUGCACAUCUGUCAUGAGGGAAAAGCCCAGCCUUCUGCCUGCUACGGAAGCCGAGAGGAGGCUGGCUGGUUACGCGGCGGUGGGUCUCCACCCGAGAGUAUGGCGGCUAGGGUAGUAUUGGUGUGAGAGGGAGAUAGGGAAAGAUGAACGAGAGGAUGGAAAAGAAGCACAGAGACUGAACUUAUUUUAUUUACUUUUAAGGAAACGUUUAUUUUUUUUGCCUUGUUUUUUUCUAUCCCCUCUGCGGUGACCCGUUUGCCGUGUCUUUCUCUAGUGGUUUUGCUGGGAGCGUCCUCGGUUUUUGCAAGUUUUGUUUUUAUCAUGCUUCAGAAUGGUUUGUUAAGCAAGUGAGAACUUGCAAUUACAAACUUGUACUGGCCUUUUCCCUGCCUUUGGAUCAUAUCUGGAAAUUGCAACUGCAGAAAUAUUUGUCACUGGCUGCUUUUGCCUUUUUUUUUUUGCAAUGAAGUCCUGUUUGAGGCGGCUACUCUUUGUGUUCUGGUUGUAGCUAUGUUUCCUAUAUAGCACCACAGAGGGUAUAGCUAUAUAUUUUAUUGUAGCUUGCAGAGAUAAUGGAACGCAAGUUUUAAGUUGUCAAUUUUUUGGAGAAUUUUGUUUUACGGUUUUCAUUUUUUGUGUUUAAAUGCCGACCGGAGACUGAUAGCUUCGCUGGUUUUAUUCACCUAGCUGUAUACAUAACUGUAUUUCCAGCAAUUCUGAAUCGGUAAGCGAUGCGCGAGUAUAAAGUAGUAGUUCUGGGGAGCGGCGGAGUCGGAAAGUCCGCCCUGACUGUACAGUUCGUGACUGGGACCUUCAUUGAGAAGUAUGACCCGACCAUCGAGGAUUUUUACCGCAAGGAAAUUGAGGUGGAUUCGUCGCCUUCUGUACUGGAGAUCCUAGACACUGCUGGCACCGAGCAGUUCGCCUCUAUGAGAGACCUCUACAUCAAAAACGGGCAGGGGUUCAUUUUGGUUUACAGCCUUGUUAACCAGCAAAGUUUCCAAGACAUCAAGCCCAUGAGGGAUCAGAUCAUUAGAGUGAAAAGGUAUGAGAAGGUGCCCGUGAUCCUAGUGGGGAACAAGGUAGACUUGGAAAGCGAGAGGGAAGUGUCCUCAGGAGAGGGCCAGGCGCUGGCGGAGGAGUGGGGCUGCCCAUUCAUGGAGACCUCAGCCAAGAGCAAAACGAUGGUGGACGAACUGUUUGCUGAGAUCGUGCGGCAGAUGGACUAUGCCGCCCAGCCGGAUAAGGAUGACCCCUGCUGUUCAUCUUGCAAUAUACAAUAAUGGAAGAAAAACUUAGAAAAAAACAAAAGUGAGAAACACAAGGUAAAUUGUGUGGGGGGGGGUGUCUGUUACAUGUAACCAGUCUUAAAAUGGGGACGAUAACAAUACUUAAUUAAAAGUGAAUCACAAAGAACCGCAGCAGAAGGAAUGCCUAACAAUGGAUAAACUGUGCUUGUCUUUCAUCUUUUCAUCUCAAAGUGCAGCACAAAGCACUUAGGAGAUCUGCAGGAAUUCUGAGGACGAGUUGAUUGUGCACGAUUGUAGAGCAGGUUGUUGCUUUUUAUUCUGCAGUUUGACUUAAUUUUCUUUGUUUUUAUUUUUAAGAGCAGUUUUGUGCGCCACAGCCAGUCUGAACCUUUUCUUUUGUUUUAGUUGAAGAGUGGUAGUGGUGCCCACACCGUGUUCAUCUUCACUAUGGCAGAGAAGCCAAGUUCUCCCGAGCAGUGUGGAGAAGGAAAAGAUUUAUCCCUAAGAUCCACGUUUAAACAUUGAUGAGAAAUUGAUUUUUUGUACCAGAUUUCUCUGCGCAGGAAGGGAGAAGCCACUUAACACUCUGAAAGGCUUUUUAGUUGUCGCAAAAAAGGAGCACCUAAGGCCAACACAAAAAGCCUUGUUUUUGUUUUUGAAGAAUCAGGCACCCAUGGAUGACUGUUUCCAUUGUAUGGCUGGCAGCUUGCAGGACUGUGAAAGCUGUUUUAUCUGUAUUUUUUUUAAUUCUCAGAGAUCAUAAACAAGUGCGUUGUUUACACAGUAAGAAGUAGGUUUAAUGUUUGCACCACUCAAUUUUGGAAAGAGACCGCACAAAAGUGAAGUGUUUUGUCGACUCGGCAAUCACUCGUUACAGCUGAGCGGUUUUUCGAAUCUUGCCAGCACAAUGUUCAUCGUGCAAAACACAUGAUGAAGUACAGUAUUUCUAUGUCUCUUAGGGGAGGGCUGCCUUCUAGCAUGGUUACAUUCAUAAUCGGAGCAGCGGGAAUGAUGGGGAGGGUGUGCUUCAGUUCUUUUCAGUACUGUCCCAGUAUAAAUGUGGAAGAAAUCAUUUAAGGACAAGCCAUGGUUUUCAUUACUGUCUUUAUGCAACACAAAGGUUUUGUCAGAUCCCAUUCCUCUUUGUCUACAUGAUAAUAUUAAUAAUUAUGUUGGUUAUAAUAGUAACAAUAAUAAAAUUAAACAUAGCUGCAAAUCUCUGUAAAUAGUUUGGAAGGUGCUAGCUCUUCUGAAGACACUGUUCAGUACUCUGUAGUGGAAUUGUCAACCGUAUGCAUGGCUAGAUAAUGACAAAAGGACUUCAUUCUUAGAGGUUAUAAAUGAUCAAGUCUGCAAACAGAACGCACUUAGUCCUGGAUAAGACCUCAGGAAUUGAAGGCUGUAUGAACAACACUUCUGUGUUGCCAUGGAAGAAAAGGCCUACCUUAUUACCAUUUUCAUUGUUUACUUUAUAUUUUCUCUGUGGACAUUUACUCUUUUCCCCCUUUCUCCUUGCUGAGGAAUUGUAACACUGUUAAGCACCAACACAAUAACGAUUGUUUCUACACUACAGUGCUGCUGUUUUUAACCAGUCUUACUGUUCUAUUGUUAAAAAAUAGCAGCAUUGUUUCUGAGGCACAGUUUUUCUUUCCACUUUUUAUGGGGAAAGGGCUAAAUGUUAAAGAAAUGUGAAGGAAUUCAUACAAAAUGUAUUUCUUUGCUUCCUUGAGCCAUUUAUAAUGCUAAGCCACAGAGCGAACACUGUAGUUUUGUGAAAAUAUAAAAAAUACUAACAGGAGCCUUUCUUUGGUGGCUGAAUUAAGUUGUACGACUAAGAAUACAGGUAAUUUUUCUCUGUUCUUUUUUUUUUUGUUUCCCAUCUUGGAUUUUCUUGGCUCUGUUCAUUGAAGAACCUUUUCUGCAACUCUGUCACAACAGAGAAAAAUACAAGGCAGUUGUAACUUGGGACCAAGUGCUUUCUUUGCUUCCAUUCCUGGACCCAGAUCCUAGGAAACUGCACACAUCCAAUGUGAAAUGCAGUCCAUCAGCAUUCAUUUUCUACCUUGGACAUUUUUUGUUUUUGUUUUCCACUCUGUAUGACUAAGAAGAAAAGUUCGAUGCCAAAAUAAAAUAAUUCCGUUCCCAAUGUGAAGGACAAAUAGCAGUGGUAUCAAAAGACUGAAGUAAUACUAAUGAUAAUGCUGAUAAUAAUAAAACAAACUGAGAGCCAAA